AUUGUGUUGUUUAAAGUACAGAGAGAAAGAAAAUGGUAACGCUGGAAAAUAACAAAGAAGUACAGUCGCCUCCAAAAUUGGACAAGCACGGCGAGAAUCGAGCAAACGAUUUGUGCAAUGUAAUUAGGACUGUAAAAAUACUCGAAUAUAAGGGUGUAUUAUGGACGUGUGGUCUUCGGGAGAUAUGUCUGACUGCCCUCUGGCUUCCAUUAGGUGCUUUAAUAUUUUGUUACGUCACAGCCUCUAUGUUCCAAGCAGAUGAUAUUCAUGAAACACAUUGUAGGGUAUACAAUGUAGUGCCGUCGAUAAGCGCGAUAACUGGCAUUAGCCCACAGAGGUACGUGUGGAGGAUAUGCAUUGCCUUCCACCUCGGGCCACGACUGCUCAUAGGCUCUCUGUAUUACAACUACCAUAAGGAGCGCACUGCGUUUAUUAACGAGGAAAAGGCUCGAGUAUUAGCUACGAAGUUAGGGAAUGCCUGCUACUGGCUCAAUUUCGUAGAAGUAUUUGCACUCACCGGAGUCACUUACGUAUCUAAUAGAGAAAACUAUUUCGUACACGAGAAGAUAUUCAUAGUGUUCAUGAUAGCCGCUCUCCUCCACAUGCUGUGUCGAGCGAAGGUUGGCUGCGUGGCCAGUGACGUUGUAGAACCAGUGAGGACCAACAAACUUGUAUGGAUAUUGUUCUAUGUAGCCAUCACUGCUACAGUGGGCCUUAUUAUCCACUUCUUAAGGCAUCGACUUUUGUGUCGUCCUUUAGCUUUCACCUGGUUCUCAGUGUGCGAGUACAUCUUAGCAACCGCCAACAUGGCGUUCCAUGCCAUCGUGGUCCGGGACCUACCCUUGCACCAGCUCCAAGUGGUCUGCCCAACGCGUAACAAAACCGAAUAGCAUUGUAACAGUCGUAGAUUAGUUUCAAUGCGUUGUAGGUAGGGAUUUUAUUGGUUUUUAUUUAUUACUUUUCAUUCAACAUAUACUUUAAAUGAAAUUCCAAACAGCGUAAAAGGCACCAAAUUC